AUGGCUUUAUUACAUCCCUUUUGCUUAACAUUAAUCGCGUGUUUAAUAGUGUGUUGUGUUUGCGAUGGGAAUAGUAUUGAUGUGAACACGAGUUCGGGUUCAGUGAGGGGUCAGACACUCCAUGUCUUGAAUCGCUCUAUACAUCAAUUCUUGAAUAUACCCUACGCUGAGCCCCCUUUAGGCCCCCUUAGGUUCGCACCCCCGGAGCCUCUAAGAGCACCAAAAAAGGAUGUGAUAGACGGGACAGUUCCGGGAAACUCAUGCAUUCAGGCGCCAAUGAAAAACCCGGAGCUCAUACACUUGGCGGGCAAACUGACCACCAGUGAAGACUGUUUAACAUUAAACGUAUGGACACCGAUGAAUACUGUGGACAAAGAAUCACCGGUGGAUCAGUUAAAGCCAAUAAUGUUUUGGAUCUUCGGCGGGGCAUUCAGUGUAGGCUCAAUAUAUAGACCGAUAUAUAACGGCAGUGUUUUGGCCACACAUGAUGUGGUGAUUGUCACUGCGAACUACCGGUUGGGACAGUUGGGCUUUCUAUACGGGGAUCGGGAGGACGCGCCCGGAAAUGUGGGCUUUUAUGACCAGUUAUUGGCUCUCAAAUGGGUUAGAGAAAAUGCUGAACAGUUCGGCGGAGAUAGGGAUCGGAUCACAAUAUUGGGUGAGAGCGCCGGGAGUUGGUCGGUGUCCGCACACAUACUCUCCCCGCUAUCCAAAGGUCUAUUCAAGAGGGCUAUUAUGCAAAGCGGGUCUGUUUUGAUGCGAAAUGAGCGGCCGUUUAUGGGCACAGUUGACGCUCUGGCAAAAGCCAAACAAACCGCACGUAAUCUUCAGUGCAAUCCAUACGACUAUAAAUGGUUGGACUGUUUGCGCGCCAUUGAAAACCCAGAGCUAUUCCUGGAGCCGGUGUCAGAGAGGGCCGCCUUUACGGUCACCUUUCCUAUUAUGGGCACACAAUUCCUCCCAAUCACAGCCCAAAAAGCAUUUAAACGUCAAGAGUUUGCGCAAGAUAUUGAACUGUUAGCCGGCGUUACCACCGACGAGGGUUUGCCACUAGCGGCGGGACAUUUCCCGGAAAUGCGGGACAACUUUGGAGAACAGGAGUUUGGGAAAGCGUUGGCCAAACUAAACGCCAUGACCGGCAAUAGCCUGGAUGUGACCCAAUUGUCCGCACAUUACCUGAACGGUACCGAAACGCACGGCAAUUAUGUGCGCGCUUUCGGCCAACUCUAUGGCGAUUGGAUGAUGACAUGUCCCACCUAUGCGUUUGCCAAAGGGUUAGCCACCAGUAGUGGUGACCACAAUAGUGUCCACUUUUAUCGGUUUAACUACGAAACUGGUUAUACGAGCGGUAAGUUUUGCGGGUCAACGGCGGGAACGCGAUUAUUUACGGAAACUGAAUAUGACUUCAGUAUAGAUGUGAUGAAAAUUUGGACCGAUUUCGCUAAACAUGGCAAAGCACAUGAUGUUUGGCCACAAAUGGUGGACAAGUCUGUGAUUCGAGUGAAAGACUUGAAUCCCAACGAUAUGUCACUUAUUCUCGACAAUCCAUACGAGAUGUGUUGUGUUUGCGAUGGGAAUAGUAUUGAUGUGAACACGAGUUCGGGUUCAGUGAGGGGUCAGACACUCCAUGUCUUGAAUCGCUCUAUACAUCAAUUCUUGAAUAUACCCUACGCUGAGCCACCAUUAGGCCCACUCAGGUUCGCACUCCCGGAGCCUCUAAGAGCACCUAAAAAGGAUGUGAUAGACGGGACAGUUCCGGGAAACUCGUGCAUUCAGGUGCCAAUGAAAGACCCGGAGCUCAAACACUUGGCGGGCAAACUGACCACCAGUGAAGACUGUUUGACAUUAAACGUAUGGACACCGAUGAGUAGUGUGGACAAAGAGUCACCGGUGGAUCAGUUAAAGCCAAUAAUGUUUUGGAUAUAUGGCGGAGCAUUCAGUGUAGGCUCAAUAUAUCAGCCGAUAUAUAACGGCAGUGUUUUGGCCACACAUGAUGUGGUGAUUGUCACUGCGAACUACCGGUUGGGACAGUUGGGCUUUCUAUACGGGGAUCGGGAGGACGCGCCCGGAAAUGUGGGCUUUUAUGACCAGUUAUUGGCUCUUAAAUGGGUUAGAGAAAAUGCUGAACAGUUUGGCGGAGAUAAGGAUCGGAUUACCAUUUUUGGUGAGAGCGCCGGGAGUUGGUCGGUGUCCGCACACAUACUCUCCCCGCUAUCCAAAGGCCUAUUCAAGAGGGCUAUUAUGCAAAGCGGAGCGGUUUUGAUGCGAAAUGAGCGGCCGUUUAUGGGCACAGUUGACGCUCUGGCAAAAGCCAAACAAACCGCACGUAAUCUACAGUGUAAUCCAUACGACUAUAAAUGGUUGGACUGUUUGCGCGCCGUUGAAGACCCGGAGCUAUUUCUUGAGCCGGUUCCCGAGGGGUCGGACUUUACGGUCACUUUUCCCGUUAUGGGCACACAAUUCCUGCCAAUAACAGCGCAGAAAGCAUUUAAACGUCAAGAGUUUGCGCAAGACAUUGAACUGUUAGCUGGCGUUACCACCGACGAGGGUCUGCCACUAGCGGCGGAUUUCCCCGAAAUGCGGGACAACUUUGGAAAACAAGAGUUUGACAAAGUAUUGGCCGCACUGAACGCCAUGACCGGCAAUAGCCUGGAUGUGACCAAAUUGUCCGCACAUUACCUGAACGGUACCGAAACGCACGGCAAUUAUGUGCGAGCAUUCGGUCAACUCUAUGGCGAUUAUUUGAUGACAUGUCCCACCUAUGCGUUCGCAAAAGGGUUGGCCACCAGUGGUGGUGACAACAAUAGUGUCCACUUUUAUCGGUUUAACUACGAAACUGGUUAUACGAGUGGUAAGUUUUGUGGGUCAACGGUGGGAACGGUAUGUCACGGGGCGGACGUACCGCUCGUUUUCGACAAGUCGUCUGUGAUUCGAGUGAAAGACUUGAAUCCCAACGAUAUGUCACUUAUUCUCGACAAUCCAUACGAGAGUACAUGUGAUGGCAUUUGGAAACACUAUUUUUAA